UCCCGCCGCCCAUCCCUAUACUAUUUACCAUCUGUCCACGUCCGACCUUUCCACUUCCUCUACCUUCACGGCCUUGCUACAUAGUACAUACCCUUCGAUUGUUCUUGUUCUUGGCAGAAAACAAGAUCACUGUAUUAAAUAGGGAGUCAAGAUAAUAUAACCAGAGAUGAGGAAUCUAUCCUCAACAACUUCAACAAGGAGCAGGAGUGUGCCUACACCAUGUUGUAGCAAGGUGGGCAUAAAGAAGGGGCCAUGGACACCAGAAGAGGAUGAGCUCUUGGCAAACUACAUCAGGAAAGAAGGUCAAGGGCGAUGGCGCACGCUCCCAAAGCGGGCAGGACUUCUUAGGUGUGGUAAGAGCUGCCGCCUCCGCUGGAUGAACUAUCUCAGGCCUUCUGUUAAGAGAGGGCGUAUUGCCCCAGAUGAGGAAGAUCUCAUUCUUAGGCUUCACAGGUUGCUUGGUAACAGGUGGUCUUUGAUAGCUGGGAGGAUACCAGGGCGCACAGAUAAUGAGAUUAAGAAUUACUGGAAUACCUGUCUCAGCAAGAAGCUCAUUAGCCAAGGAAUAGACCCUAGGACUCACAAGCCUUUAAAACCUAACCCCGAUUCCUCAGAAAUUGCAAAUGUUCCAGUCCAGAAUUCUAACCCUAAAUCUUCUCCACUGGAUGAGAAUGGGAGGGUCUAUCGAGCUGUAGCCACUAGGGUAAGUGAAAACUUUACAGGGACUAACCUGGAUCAGUCUCCUAACCAGGUUGCUGCUGAUGCUACCGAAAACUGGCCAAAUCGUGAUGGUUUUAAUAUGGGAUCAUUACAAAGUGGCCAUGGACGAAAAAAUGAAGAUCAUUUCAUUGAAGAUAUUGGAAAUGAGGACACUUUCUCCUCAUUUCUGGAUUCCUUGCUCAAUGAAAAUGUGUUCGUGUAUCAACAACGACAACAGUUACAGCAGCAAAAUAUGUUUGGACCUUCUUUUAAACUUGCGGUUUCUUCUUCACAAAUUCUCAGUCACGCAAACAUUUGGGAAGCUGAAGUCUCGCCUCCAAUGGCAGCCUUAGGUGACAAAGGCGUGGGUGGGGCUUCAAAUAGUCUUCCAGUUUGAACUCAAUCCUUCACCACAAGUGCUUAAAGAAAAUCAAACGGGUGUGAUUAACGGUAUGUACUAAUGUAAUUGUAUUGUGUUGUUCCAGUAAUUCAGUGUGAUUAUUAAAAUAUUCUUGCUGUUCGAAAUUCUACGUGUGAUGAUUGUUUAAGGUAAAAUGUUUCACGUACUAUAUGCAUUGCUGUAUAUGAACUUUGUUCCAUACUAGCCAAGCUCAAAGUGUUCUAAGUCUUGCAAA